UGUCUCAAUUUAUUACAACAAAUACCUCCCGGUGAUGGUAUUAUGCCCACAAUUGGAACUGUUUAUUGUUGGAAUUUGAUGUUAACUUUAUUUGCUCUAUGUUUACAUUGCAUUUUUCAUUUUUUGAUUACGAUAUUGUUACCCGAUACAAAAUGUUUACCUGAACAGUUAAAAAAUUUGUCUUCAAUUUUGAACCGUUUCCAAGCUAAAGAAUUGGUUGUUCUUUCAUUUGAUCCACAAACACUGGGUUCAAAUAAUCAAGACGAACUUCCGAAUCCUUUAAUUCCUUUAGAAGAUACUUCCGAUUUAAAUCAAUCCCCCCAACAAUUUAUUAUUGAAAUGGAUCCUAUAAUUAUCGAAACUGAUUCUUCUGAUAACACUCAAUUAAAAUUACAGCAACAACCUUCAACUUCUGCACAAUUUGAAGCUGUUGAACUUGAAGAAAUUCCUCAACAACAAAAAACAAUAGAAAAUCCUCCUCCUCCUUCAACCACAAAAUCAACAACAUUAAAAAGAACUUCAAGUUCAAAAAAGAGUUUAUUAUCCUUUGGAAGUGGUGUAUUCAAAAGUAAAGAAGCUAAAAAUGAAAAGCGUAUUGAUGCCCCUUUUUCUAUUAAUUUAAAUUUUGAAGGAGAGAAAAAAAUUGAAAAUUCUGAAGAAAAAGAAGAGGAGGAUGAUCAACAAAUUUUAAUAAAUAAGGAAGAAAAAUUGGAAGAAGAUGAUGGAAGAAGAAAAAAUAUUUUGGAAGAAAAAAAGGUAGAAAAUAAAGAGGAAGAAAAAUCAAUUUUAGAAAAAGAAUUGAUGUUUUUACGUCAAUUAAUAUUUUAUUUUUAUUUAAUUGUUUCAAUAAUACUUAUUUUUAUAAUUAUUUUUUAA